AUGCGACGGAUUGCAAAAAAGUGGGGAGAGUGGGAAAGCGAAGUCCGGGAGAAACUGCACAGACCCAAGCCUCCACUGGCGACUUCUGCCAGUAACCCUGCCAUCCAUGUGGCGAAGCUGGAGGAAGCCUCUAUACCGCAGGAUUUAUGGCAAGCUGCUUAUAACCAACUAGAGGAGGAGGAGCAGGCUAUUUUGUCGAAAAUACGGGUUCCAGCUCCGCCAAAUGGAGAAGACGAAGACUGUUCACAGACAAAAGCUGUUAUAGAUGAGGUUAUUCAGAUAACAAAAGAGCAAUAUAAGGACUACCAACAGGGAGGCUUGAAAAUUCGAAGGCCUACAGGAGGAGAUAUUAACCUCCGACAACUGUCUCGAAAAAUAAUCAGUGCUGCUUGGUCUUUCAAAGAUGCUAUUAGCGCGGUUGCCGCAUUUGAUCCCACCAGUCACGCAGCAAGUGCUUGGGCAGUUGUCUUAUUUGGAUUGAUGAUGACCAAGAACGUUUGUGACUUGCGAGAUGCCAUGUUCAAAUCCUCAGAAUACUUAGCAGAUAUCCUUGCACGAUGUGCCUAUAUUGAAAUAAACUUCUACCACAACAGGACUGAAAUGGGACCCGAAAUGAGAAGCACAAUUAUCAGAGUUUAUAAAAUAAUUCUCCGCUAUGCAGCGGAGAUGUUCAACGUGCAGAUGUCUAGCAUGGGACGGCGAGUUUUAAACAGUGUUACCACAAUCACUAACCAUCCUCUCAUGAGCCUUCAAUCUUCCGUGAAAGAAGAAGAGCAGUACUUGUACCAGUUCGUCCAGUUAGAUCAACAUCUCCACCGCAAAGAAGAAGCAGAGCGACUUCUGGCUCAGACUGAUAGGUUGGAAGAAUCGGUCCAAGAUGUUAUUCAGAAGUUCAAUCUCCUGAACCUGCACAUUGCGGAAGGCGCAUUUUAUGACUCAUAUUUGAAUCAACAUGAAGAUAUAUGCCUCCCAGACACCCGGAUGGAGAUUCGUCGCCAAAUUACAGAGUGGGCUGAAUCCUCAGAGAGUAAAUGUAUAUUUUGGUUAAACGGUAUGGCGGGAACAGGAAAGUCCACUAUUGCCCGAACUGUCGCGCAAUCAUUCAAAGAGAAGGGGCAGCUAGGCGCCACUUUCUUCUUUAAAAGAGGCGAAGCGGACCGAGCGAAUGCAAAAAGACUAAUAUCAACUAUUGCACAACAAUUGGUGAUCAAACAUUGGCAGCUGGCACCUGGUAUCUUAAAAGCGAUUGAGCUUGAUCCAAAUAUUUCUGCAAAGUCUCUCAGGGAACAAUUCGAUAAACUUAUUCUACAACCGCUGGAAACCGUAAAUUUGAAACAAACUAUUACCACAGUGAUUGUGAUCGAUGGAUUGGAUGAGUGCGAGCAAGAAGACGAUAUUAAAGUUAUACUUAACCUUUUACCUCAUGUGCAGAGAUCUAGCUCAAUGCGUAUUCAAAUAUUCCUGACAAGCAGGCCUGAACUUCCUAUCCGUCUUGGCUUCAAGCAACACGAGGACCAUCAGGACUUGGUCCUUCACAAAAUUCCCAAGCAAGUGAUUGAGCAUGACAUACGUCUCUUUAAUGGCCUGGAGAUGAUGCUAUAG